UAAAACAAAUAGAGCAUCUCUCUAUGCUGUGACCAUCAGUUGUUGCUUUAUUGUUUCUUACAGGUUGGACUCCUCUUCACGAGGCAGUGUCCCACGGUCACUAUGAGAUCACUAAGUACCUGAUCCAGGCAGGAGCUCUGGUCAACUGUACUGGAGACAAUGGAACCACACCUCUACUUGAUGCUGUAGAGCAGGAAGACCUGCAGAUAGCAGAGUUGCUGUUGAGGCACGGGGCAGACCCUCUACUGAAGAACAACGACGGACAGACAGCCUAUAGCAACACCACAGAACCCUGUCUGAUUAAACUCAUGGAGAAAAACAUCCCCAAUAACAAGAGAAAGGCACUAGCAGGAAGAAGCGUUGAGCAGUCAGGAGCAGGAGGACCCAUGAGACCGUUGAGGUCUGUGUCUGAGGGCACUGUGUCCAGGAACAUCCCUGGGGGGUCCCAGAGCGGGCGGACCGUCACCCCUCUGAAUAACCUCCACCGGAAGAACUGUUACGGGGAGACUCUACUCCACGUUGCAGCCAUUCAGGGAGACACCCAGGGGGUCAGAGACAUGCUGUCACAGGGUCUCGACGUCAACAUGGCCGACAACGCAGGUUGGACUCCUCUUCACGAGGCCGUGUCCCACGGUCACUAUGAGAUCACUAAGUACCUGAUCCAGGCAGGAGCUCUGGUCAACUGUACUGGAGACAAUGGAACCACACCUCUACUUGAUGCUGUAGAGCAGGAAGACCUGCAGAUAGCAGAGUUGCUGUUGAGGCACGGGGCAGACCCUCUACUGAAGAACAACGACGGACAGACAGCCUAUAGCAACACCACAGAACCCUGUCUGAUUAAACUCAUGGAGAAAAACAUCCCCAAUAACAAGAGAAAGGCACUAGCAGGAAGAAGCGUUGAGCAGUCAGGAGCAGGAGGACCCAUGAGACCGUUGAGGUCUGUGUCUGAGGGCACUGUGUCCAGGAACAUCCCUGGGGGGUCCCAGAGCGGGCGGACCGUCACCCCUCUGAAUAACCUCCACCGGAAGAACUGUUACGGGGAGACUCUACUCCACGUUGCAGCCAUUCAGGGAGACACCCAGGGGGUCAGAGACAUGCUGUCACAGGGUCUCGACGUCAACAUGGCCGACAACGCAGGUUGGACUCCUCUUCACGAGGCCGUGUCCCACGGUCACUAUGAGAUCACUAAGUACCUGAUCCAGGCAGGAGCUCUGGUCAACUGUACUGGAGACAAUGGAACCACACCUCUACUUGAUGCUGUAGAGCAGGAAGACCUGCAGAUAGCAGAGUUGCUGUUGAGGCAUGGGGCAGACCCUCUACUGAAGAACAACGACGGACAGACAGCCUAUAGCAACACCACAGAACCCUGUCUGAUUAAACUCAUGGAGAAAAACAUCCCCAAUAACAAGAGAAAGGCACUAGCAGUACCAACUAAACGACCGGCAGACUCGUCCCAACUCAGCCCGUCCCAAAGUGGAACAGGGAGGAAGCUCAGGAGGUUACCAGUUCAGGCAGAUCAGACCAGCACUGACCAGGAGAGAUAUCAGCAGAGAUGCACAACAACCAGGUCUGAAACCUGCAACACAGACCAGCAGAGACGUGCAACAACCAGGUCUGAAACCUGCAACACAGACCAGCAGACGCGCGCAACAACCAGGUCUGAAACCUGCAACACAGACCAGCAGAGACACGCAACAACCAGGUCUGAAACCAGCAAUACUGACCAGCAGAGACGCACAACAACCAGGUCUGAAACCUGCAACACAGACCAGCAGAGACACGCAACAACCAGGUCUGAAACCAGCAACACUGACCAGCAGAAACGCACAACAACCAGGUCUGAAACCUGCAACACAGACCAGCAGAGACGCGCAACAACCAGGUCUGAAACCAGCAACACUGACCAGCAGAGACUCACACCAACCAGGUCUGAAACCAGCAACACUGACCAGAGAUGCACAACAACCAGGUCUGAAACCAGCAACACUGACCAGCAGAGAUGCACACCAACCAGGUCUGAAACCAGCAACACUGACCAGCAGAGAUGCACACCAACCACGUCUGAAACCAGCAACACUGAGCAGCAGAGAUGCACAACAACCAGGUCUGAAACCUGCAACACUGACCAGCAGAGAUGCACACCAACCAGGUCUGAAACCUGCAACACUGACCAGCAGAGAGACACAACAACCAGAUCUGAAACCUGCAACACUGACCAGCAGAGACGCACAACAACCAGGUCUGAAACCUACAACACUGACCAGCAGAGAUGCGCAACAACCAGGUCUGAAACCAGCAACACUGACCAGCAGAGAUGCACAACAACCAGGUCUGAAACCUGCAACACUGAGCAGCAGAGAGACACAACAACCUCUACUAAAGUUGCAGGGGUCUUGGGAGAGAAACAGGAGCCUCAUGGUGAUGGCUCUACUGGUCCAAACCGUCCACUACCUUCUGUCCAGGAUGGGACGCGGUCUACAGCACCAGCUAUGAAGAGGAACCUGGAGGACCAGGCAGAGGAAGAAGACUCGAGGCCUAAUCACGGCAUUUUAUCAGACACAUCCACACCUAGAAAAGUCAUUAAACGCAUCACCACCAAACGGAAGGAUAUCUUUGAUUUGCUCCUGCAGAGCAACCCGUUCGACCUUGACAGUGUUUUAUUGGCGGCCCAGACAGGAAAGGGUCAGGCGACAACAGGAAGUCUUCAUGACUCUGUUGAUUCGGUUGUGUUGAGAAGUCAAAGCGCAGGUUUCCUGCUGGAGACAGCAGAUUUCAAAGGAAAAGAGGAAGGAAAGGAAUGGAACACAGAAAAGCAGGAAAUUACAAAAUCCUCAGAGGAGCUAACUCUAGCUCAAGAUGGGAAUCUCUCCCAGCAUACUGACCACUGCCAGAGAGAGGAGAUCACUCUGGAUAGGAAUCUCUCCCAGCAUACUGACCACUGCCAGAGAGAGGAGAUCACUCUAGAUAGGAAUCUCUGCCAGAGAGAGGAGACUACUCUAGACAGGAAUCUCUGCCAGCAUACUGACCACUGCCAGAGAGAGGAGAUCACUCUAGAUAGGAAUCUCUGCCAGCAUACUGACCACUGCCAGAGAGAGGAGAUCACUCUAGAUAGGAAUCUCUCCCAGCAUACUGACCACUGCCAGAGAGAGGAGACUACUCUAGAUAGGAAUCUCUGCCAGAGAGAGGAGACUACUCUAGACAGGAAUCUCUGCCAGAGAGAGGAUAUCACUCUAGACAGGAAUCUCUCCCAGCAUACUGACCACUGCCAGAGCCAGAGAGAGGAGAUCACUCGAGAUAGGAAUCUCUCCCAGUAUACUGACCACUGCCAGAGCCAGAGAGAGGAGAUCACUCUAGAUAGGAAUCUCUCCCAGUAUACUGACCACUGCCAGAGCCAGAGAGAGGAGAUCACUCUAGGUAGGAAUCUCUCCCAGCAUACUGACCACUGCCAGAGAGAGGAGAUCACUCUAGAUAGGAAUCUCUGCCAGAGAGAGGAGACUACUCUAGACAGGAAUCUCUGCCAGAGAGAGGAGAUUACUCUAGACAGGAAUCUCUCCCAGCAUACUGACCACUGCCAGAGCCAGAGAGAGGAGACUACUCUAGACAUGAAUCUCUGCCAGAGAGAGGAGACUACUCUAGAUAGGAAUCUCUCCCAGCAUACUGACCACUGCCAGAGAGAGGAGAUCACUCUAGAUAGGAAUCUUUCCCAGCAUACUGACCACUGCCAGAGAGAGGAGAUCACUCUAGAUAUGAAUCUCUCCCAGCAUACUGACCAUUGUCAGAGCCAGAGAGAGGAGAUCACUCUAGAUAGGAAUUUCUCCCAGCAUACUGACCACUGCCAGAGAGAGGAGAUCACUCUAGAUAGGAAUCUCUCCCAGCAUACUGACCAUUGUCAGAGCCAGAGAGAGGAGAUCACUCUAGAUAGGAAUCUCUCCCAGCAUACUGACCAUUGCCAGAGAGAGGAGCUAACUCUAACUCAAGAGGGGCAUCUUUCCCAGCAUACUGACCACACAUACGAAGCAGGGUUCAAUCUAGGUGAAUAUUUCAAUUUUAACCCAACAACGAGUGCUGACGGAUACCAACACAAUAACACUACCUGGGCAGAGGAAACCAGUCAAAACCCUGACCAGAAUACAUGUCCUGAAGCCUUAGUGCCGCUAGCUGGAUUGGAUGCCACAAGAAACAGCAUCUCCACCGAUAAGUCAAAGGUCACCCUCACCCACCGACCUGCUCGGCCAGAGAUUGACCCCAUGGACAACACCAGAUCUGCGGUAGAGGUUGACCUUAGCCUAAUGGACCAGGAUGACACCUGCUGUACCCUUAUAGACAACGUCUUACUUGUUGAACACCUGUCCCUGUCCAAAGCACCUGUCCCUUUGGAAACCACCGAUGCGGUGAAUGCCUGUGUGGCUGGGACAUCAUCUCCAUAUAUUGAUGAUCAGUGUAAGCUAGACAAUGGUCUCCUGUCCAAGGAAGACUUGGAGGAGCAGUGUAGCGUGUCUCUUCUUCUGCCUCAUUCAGACGUUACAACAACAAUACACCUGGAUGUCACAAGACAAGCUUCAAUUGUUGACGAGAAGCAGACACAACCAGUAGAGGCACCAUCAGCGAUGAAGGAUGAUAAUGAUGAAUAUCUUGGCUCUUGCAACACUAGCUCACCAUCUCUCCUAGUGGCUGAGGAGCUCCACGGCACUGUGGGGAUAUCAGAAUGUGCAGAGACCAAUAUCGAUACACUGUUUAUGCAGAGAGCAAGUCAAAUCCCCAAAGCUUCUCCCAUUGGAUCAGAUGUUGGUUUAAAAGCCAACCUGCUAAAAUGCACUGGUCUCCAUCUCCAGCUGAUUGGAGACAGACUGGAGAGAGAGACCACGGCUGCUGUGACUGGUAGAGAUGGUGAGAGAUGUCAUAUUGAUGGUGGACAUCGUGAGGGAGGCUCUGUAACACACAGAGAGUCUAGAGACCCGGAUGCUUCUUCUACUGACAAGACUUUGUAUUCGGACAAUAAAGACAAUGGUGCUGACAGCUUCGUUGACUCUGACUGCACCGUGGUCUCUGAGCUGGACCAAGCAGAGACAAAGAACAAUGAUCUGGGACAAGUUCAAAAGGAGGAGGUGGAAAAAGCUCAUGUUCAACUUGAUUCAGAAGCGACAAUUGCUUCCGUCCAAGAUCAAGUGAGAGAAGUAGAAAACCAAACCCCCGGGGCUGAAGUUGAGACUUUAGAUACAUUAAUAGAUUACUCUGAGGCGUGUGAGAUUAAUGGUAAUGGAUAUACUACUACUGUAAUGGAAGACUCCACUAGCCUGUUACCCGCUUUAGAUAGCUGCCAAGCUAAAGACGGUGUGAAGGAAGAUGAACCAGAGAUGAACACUAUGCAAAGUGAUACGGGCAGCGCCAAACAGCACAACAGCUGUAGUCAACACAAGAGGAAAGCCAAGAGCAGUAGAGCCAGACCUGGCAAGAGGCAGGCCAAGCUGUUGUUGAAACCAAAGCCAAAGCCAAACCCUUGGGCAUCGCAAAACAUCAGUACUAGUUACACAACAGGUGGCGCUGAUACCUCGUCUAGUUCAGUAGGUCCCAUGCCUGACACAAAGAUUCCCUUGAGGAAUCUCCACAAGAGAAACGGUAUGGGAGAGAGCCACCUUCACCUGGCAUGCAAGAAAGGAGACCUGGCUCUAGUGAGAGGCCUUCUGGAAGCAGGCCUAAAUGUCAAUCAGAUAGAUCACGCAGGCUGGACGGCGCUGCAUGAGGCCAGUGCUGCAGGCUCCGAGGCUGUGGUCAAGGAGCUACUGCAGGCUGGGGCUGAUGUUACCAGUAGAGGUCUGGAGGGCCUCGCUCCUCUACAUGAUGCUGCUGCCUCAGGACACUACAAGGUAGCGCAGCUCCUUCUCCAGUAUGGCGCAAACCCCCGAGACAAAAACGCUCUGGGCCAGACCGCUGUAGACCUAGCCUGCCACGACGACAUCAAACAACUCCUCUCCACAUUCCCAGGCCCUUUUGUCCAACGAAGUUCUGCGCCCUCUGAGAGGCCCUCUGAGCGUUGUGGUGUCUCUAGGUCUGUGUCUGAGGGUCGCAGCAGAAGGAAGCCAGUUGUCCCAGCCCAUCUCUGCUGUGAAGGCGACUGGGAAAGGCACAAAGCCAGACACACAGGUGUCAGGGAUACAGACAGAGACGGACAGCCAGGAGACGGAGAACGAGACAGGCAGCCUGGUGACAUUCAGCCCAGACAGAAAGACAGCACCACUGAGACACUGUAUCCCUCUGAAGCUAUCACUACGGCUCUGGAGGAUGUGGAGCGAAAACAAGAGGAAAUGUCAACCUGGAAAUUAAAUAAGUCAGAGGAUGCAGACAAAUUGACGAUGGCGCUAUCAGAGAUCCAGAGUGUUCUGAAUGUUGUGCUGGAGAAGCAGCAGGCAGAGAAAGAUGACCUCACCAAGAAGUACAGGAUAGCGUCAGACUCGUUCCGGCAGGGAGUGCUGCGUGGUCAGCUGACCUCGUUGGCGUCGCGUCAGAAGAGGCUGCUGGGUAUCCUCCAGAAGCAAAGCGACUUCAAGCUCCAGCUCCGCACCCGGAGGGGCCCGACCCUGACUCAGCACCCCAAGACACAGCACUCCCAGGCGGGGAGAGAUCAGAACAUCUCCCCCUUAUCAACCACCACUUCCAGCCAUGCUCCCUCAGAAAGGAGCCUCGCAGGCAGCCACGAGGGGAGCCACGCUUCCCACUUGUUCAGCUCUACUGGUAGUCACGACAACCGAGACAAACAAGAAGGUAGUAGCCAGACAUCUCAGGUAGCGCCGCCUCGAACACAACCUCCAACACGAUCCGCUACCAUGGAAACACUCCCUUGGAUCGCCACCACGCCUAUCCCUCAGCACACCACCAGGUAUUUCCUGGUACCAAUGCCCAUGGCUCUUCCCUCAUCGUCUCUGGCUCCACCCACCAGCACCACUCGGAUCAGUAAGGAAAUUCCAACACAACACCGGGAUGACAAUAACAACAAAAACAACACUACCUUUCCAUCACAACAAGGAAACAGAAACAGCAAACCACAACAUGGAAACAUGCCUGACAUGGGAAGCAAGGUGUUACAACAAGGGCCGGCCAGUGAUGGAGAAGAGAACAGGAAGUUGAUCAGGCUCAUCAAGAGAGGGAUCAUCACACCAGGAGAGGAUGUACUACAGCUGAUGUGGAGGGGCUGUGUCCACCAGGCGUCUCUGCUCCUAGAAGGCUGGAUCAGAGACAGCGUCACGGGCAAAGACUUCCAGGCCCCAGAGCUCUGGGUUGCAGCUAUCCUGGGAAACAACAUCCCUGUUUCCUCAGCCUACGCCUGGGACAAGGUGACGUACAGAGACAGGUCUCUGUCUGGUUACUUACUGGGCGUAGUGGACGUGACAGCCCCAGCAGCAUCACAGAAGCCUGCCGAAUCCACACAAAGUGAUGGCUCCUCUGCUCAGCCUCAGGACGUCCCCUCUGCAGGGGCACCUCUCUCAGAGUCAUCGGCAGUACUCAGAAAUAUAAUGCAAAUCAAGUCGAUCAGAUUAAUUGGUGAUGAGGAGUUUGUGCCCCAUCAUAUAAUGGACCGCUACUGGGACAGUCUUACACAGACACACACUGACGACUGGCUGUUUUAAACUGAACGGAGAGAAUGAAGACAAUGUUAUUCAUGUUAUAUUUCCUUGUUACUGUAUCAGCGUUACUUAACACUGUUAUCAAUGUUGUAAUGAAACUCUACUGGGACAUUAUCACUCAGACUGACACACACAAUGACAACUGGCUGUUUUAAACUCUUUAUUCCCCAUGGAGACACUGAGGACUCAUAUUAAUGUAUGAUUCACUGUUAUCAAUGUUAUUAUUCAAGACGUACAAGUGGGUGUUUUUAGAAUGAACUCUUUAUCCCACAAAGAGAACUGGACACUCUAGGGCUACUGAUGUUAUAAUUAAGCAAUAAGGCACGAGGGGGUGUGUUAUAUGGCCAAUAUACUGAGGCUAAGGGUUGUUCUUAAGCACAACGCAAUGAAGAGUGCCUGGACACACCCCUUAGCCAUGGUAUAUUGGCCAUAUACCACAAACCCCCGAGGUGCCUUAUUGCUAUUAUAAACUGGUUAACAACGUAAUUAGAGCAGUAAAAGUAAAUGUUUUGUCAUACCCGUGGUAUACGGUCUGAUAUACCACGGCUGUCAGCCAAUCAGCAUUCAGGGCUCGAACUACCCAGUUUAUAAUAACUCUUAUGUUACACUAAUGUUAUAAUGUAAUGUUUUAAAAAUGACUGUUAUUUGAACACUUAUCAAUGUUAUGAUUUAUUGAUAUUCAAGCCUAUCAAAGUAGUUCUAUGACGUCACCUUUAUAGGUUAAUUUGUUCUUCUCACGGUUGCGUUUUUCUCCCAAGUGUUGUUGUUGUGAAGCCUAAUUGGUUAUUGUGCAGACUAAUUGGUUAUUGUACAGCCUAAUUGGUUAUUGUGAAGCCUAAUUGGUUAUUGUACAGCCUAAUUGGUUAUUGUGAAGCCUAAUUGGUUAUUGUACAGCCUAAUUGGUUAUUGUGAAGCCUAAUUGGUUAUUGUGAAGCCUAAUUGGUUAUUGUGAAGCCUAAUUGGUUAUUGUGAAAACUAAUUGAUUAUUGUGAAGCCUAAUUGGUUAUUGUGAAGCCUAAUUGGUUAUUGUUUUUGUGUAAACUAAAGUUGAUCCAAAUGUGGAACAGGCUCUUUGUAAUUCCAUUAUUAUUGGACCUGAUUUAGACGUCCACAAUUACAGCAAGUUUUAUUUUCUUAAGUAAACCAUAAUUGGAUAUUAUGUUAUUGUUAAUUGACAGUAAAAAAAAAAUUCUAAAGUGUUUAAUAAAGAAAAUUAAG